AUGGCAGAUGCCGGAAGCUUUACAACACCUGCUGUUCCAAAAUUCGAUGGAGAUUACGACCACUGGAGUUUGAUCAUGGAGAAUCUUCUCCGUUCCAAGGAGUACUGGUGCAUCAUUCAACCAGGCUUCGAAGAUCUGAGAAGCAUCGAAACUCCUACCCCUGCACAACAAAGGGCACUUGAUGAGGCUAAGCUCAAAGAUCUCAAAGCCAAGAACUACCUGUUCCAGUCAAUCGACAAAACCACGUUGAAGACUAUCACUCAGAAGGAGACAGCUAAACAGCUUUGGGAAUCUAUGAAAAUCAAGCAUCAAGGAAGUGCAAGGGUGAAGCGUGCACAAUUGCAAAGGCUACGAAAGACUUUCGAAACCUUGGAGAUGAAGAGUGGAGAAGGAGUGGCGAGCUACUUUGCAAGAGUCAUGGAGAUAACCAACGAUAUGAGAAACUGUGGAGAAGCCAUUGAUGAUGUGAAGAUCGUUGAGAAGAUUCUCCGCAGUCUCACCGAAAAUUUCAACUUCGUGGUUUGCUCUAUUGAAGAGUCCAAAGACAUUGAUGACCUCACGGUGGAUGAGCUGCAGGCGUCAUUGCAGAUCCAUGAAAGCAAGGUGAUUGAGAAAAGAAGUGAAGAGCAGGUUCUGCAAGUAGAGAACGAGCCAAGGAAUGGCCGUGGGAGAGGAAGGUGGACCCGAGGAGGAAGCAGUUUCAGAGGACGAGGGAGAGGCAGAUCGUUCGUUAACCGAUCAGCCAUCAACUGCUUUCGAUGUGGAAAACAGGGUCACUACCAGUUCGAGUGCACCAGUCUGGAGAAAGGAGUCAACUACGUUGAGUUCGAUGAGGAGGAAGAGUUACUCCUAAUGGCGCACACGGACAUAAGCAAGGCUGAGGGAAAAGGUAUCUGGUUUCUCGACUCAGGAUGCUCAAACCAUAUGACUGGAGAAAAAUCAUGGUUCAUUGAGCUAGAUGAAGGGUUCAAGCAUUCUGUUAGGUUGGGAAACGGAUCGAGGCUCCCAGUUGAAGGGAAGGGAAAAGUCAGAUUUGAGGUUGAAGGGAUAUUACAAGUAGUAAGCGAUGUCUACUAUGUUCCAAAUCUGACCAACAAUCUGUUGAGCGUCGGACAGCUGCAGGAGAAGCAGUUAACGAUCUUAAUCAAGGGCGGAAGAUGUAAGAUCUAUCACCAGCAGAAAGGCUUGAUUCUGGAGACACAAAUGACCAUAAACCGCAUGUUUUUGGUCUAUGCAAUGAAGAGACCAAUCUCAGGGAGCUGUUUCAAGUUAGAAGAAGAGGAUUUGGAGAACCUUUGGCAUAGGAGGUUUGGACAUCUAAACAAUAAGUCCAUACAGCUUAUGCAGAGGAAGCAAAUGGUGAAGGGGCUGCCAAACCUAAAAGAUGAAGUCAAGGUGUGCACAGUCUGCAACAUAGGGAAGCAGCAGCGAGGCAAGUUUCCAAAGAAGAGCAAGUGGAGAGCAAGCGAGAAACUGGAGCUCAUUCACGCAGAUCUAUGUGGACCAAUCACUCCAAUUUCUCAGAGUGGUAAGAGAUACUUGCUCGUUCUCGUUGAUGACUUCUGUCGUAAGACUUGGAUUUAUUUUCUGGUGGAUAAAUCUGAAGCAUUUGAGACUUUCAAAAGUUUCAAAAACUCUGUCGAGAAGGAAGCGAAGACUGUCAUCCGAGGGCUGAGGACAGACAGGGGAGGAGAAUUCACUUCCGACAAGUUCAACAAGUUCUGCAGAGAUCACGGCAUCAAACGACAACUUACCGCAGCGUAUACUCCACAACAAAACGGAGUCGCGGAGAGGAGAAACCGCACGAUCAUGAACAUGGUUCGUUGUCUAUUAUCGGAGAAGGAGAUGCCGAGGUUCUUGUGGCCAGACGCAGCUCGGUGGACUGCUUACGUACUGAAUCGGAGCUUCACCAAAGCAGUCACCGGUAUGGUACCUGAAGAGAGAUGGUCUGGAUUCAAGCCGAGAGUUGAUUAUUUCAGAGUUUUUGGCUCAGUGGCUCAUGUUCACGUUCCGGAGCAGAGACGGAUAAAGCUUGAUGAUCGCAGCCAAAAAUGCAUCUUGCUUGGAGUUAGUGAAGAAUCCAAAGCCUAUCGGUUGUACGAUCCAUCGACGAAGAAAAUAGUCGUAAGCAGAGAUGUCUUUUUCGAAGAAGAUGCUAAGUGGGAGUGGAACACAAGCACGGCAGAGCAAAACACUCUUUCUUGGGGAGACGAUGGAGCCCUUGAUGGAGAAGAGACUGACGAAGAGGAUAAUGGUGAGGAAGAAGCUGAGGAAGCCACAGAAAUCGAAAAUGCAGAGGUAGAUUCUGGCGCUGAAGAGGAAACUACAGAAGCUGUUGUGGGAACAGAACCUGCAAAUGAAGCACAGCCGAGAAGGGAGAGGAGACAGCCUAGUUGGAUGCAGGAUUUUGUGAUUGGAGAAGAAGAAACUGGGAUCAACUUUGCACUUUACAUAUGCAAUGAUGAUCCACUUCACUUCUUUGAAGCUGCGAAAGAAGAAAAAUGGAGAGAAGCUAUGAAGUUGGAGAUUCAGUCCAUCGAACGAAACAAUACGUGGGAGCUUGUACACUUACCACCUCAUGCAAAGAAAAUUGGUGUUAAGUGGGUAUACAAGACAAAGCUAAACGAAGAAGGCAAGGUGGAAAAGUGUAAAGCUCGACUUGUUGCAAAGGGCUACUCGCAGACGGCUGGAGUUGACUAUACUGAAGUAUUCGCACCAGUUGCUAGAUGGGAUACAAUCAGAAGUCUCUUGGCAGUAGCUGCACAACAAGGAUGGUAUGUUUAUCAACUUGAUGUUAAGAGUGCUUUUCUAUAUGGUGAAUUGAAGGAGGAGGUCUAUGUAGAUCAGCCUGAAGGGUUUCUUAAAGUAGGGGAGGAAGACAAGGUCUAUCGUUUGAAGAAGGCUCUUUAUGGGCUUAAGCAGGCACCUAGAGCCUGGUUUAGCAGAAUUGAGAGUUACUUUAAGAAGGAGGGGUUUGAGAAAAGCAGCUACGAUCACACUCUGUUUUUCAAGAAAACAGAAAAGAAGAUUUUGGUGGUGAGUCUCUAUGUUGAUGACUUGAUCUUUACUGGAAAUGAUGAGUCUAUGUGUGCAGAGUUCAAGUCUUCAAUGCAGAGAGAAUUCGAAAUGACAGACAUGGGGAAAAUGAAGUUCUUUCUUGGAGUGGAGGUUCAUCAAAGCAGUGAUGGAAUUCACAUAUCUCAGAAGAAGUAUGCGAAGGAGGUCUUGGAGAGGUUCGAUAUGUGGAAUUGCAACUCUGUCAAAAAUCCAAUCGUUCCAGGCACCAUUGUUUCAAGAGAAGGAAGCAGAGGAGCUAAUGCAACACUCUACAAACAGCUUGUCGGAUGCCUAAUGUAUCUUACGGUGACAAGGCCUGAUCUGAUGUUUGUAGUGUGUUUGAUCGCACGUUUCAUGGCUGACCCCAAAGAAGAGCACAUGAUGAUUGCCAAGAGAGUUCUGAGGUAUUUGAAAGGUACGAUGGGUUUUGGAGUCUUUUAUGGAAAAUCACCAAAGCUGAAUCUGUUGGGAUACACGGAUAGUGACUACGCUCGCGAUAUGGAUGAUAGAAAGAGCACGUCCGGGUACGUCUUCCUGCUGAAUGGUGCUGCAAUCUGUUGGAGCUCACGGAAGCAAGACAUCGUUACUUUGUCUUCCACCGAGGCUGAGUAUGUCGCAGCAACAUCCUCGGCAUGUCACUGUGUUUGGCUGAAGGGAAUAUUGCAGGAGAUAGGUGUUUUGGGGGAUGAGUGUAUUGACAUCAUGUGUGACAAUAGUUCUACGAUCAAGUUGUCGAAGAAUCCAGUCAUGCAUCGGAGAACGAAACACAUUGAUGUCAGGUAUCAUUAUUUGCGCAAUUUGUCUAAUGAAGAAGUCAUGAAGCUUGUUUUCUGUGGAACCAAUGAGCAAGUUGCAGACAUUCUGACCAAGCCUAUCAAGUUGGAUCAGUUUGAGAAGCUUAGAGGUUUACUUGGAGUUCGGCGUUUGGAGGAUUAA